GACACAUUGUUUUUGUUCCUACGAAAAAUAGAUUUAUGAUGUUUGCACAUACGAGCAUGUCUCUCUCUCGCCCUCACUUGCCUGCUCCGGUUUUUCCAGCAACUUCAGUUGGAUCCAUAGCAAAGGAUAAAGUUCAGAGCAGAUCUAACAACGUGUUGGAGAGGAAUAAAGAAAUAAUAAAAAGAUGUUUGAUAAGGUUGAAUUGUCUGUAUCAAGUUAUGACACAGCUUGGGUAGCAAUGAUACCAUCACCUUCUUCUCCACAAGCUCCUUUAUUUCCUCAGUCCUUGAACUGGUUAUUAGAAAACCAGCACAGGGAUGGAUCAUGGGGUUUUCCUGAUCAUAAUGAGUUAUUGACCAAAGACUCUCUUCUAUCAACUUUGGCUUGUGUUGUUGCACUUAAGCAAUGGGGUGUUGGUGAACAACAAACUAAUGGAGGACUUCAAUAUAUUGAGUCCAACAUUGCUUCAGCUUUUGAUGGUAAGCAACAUUCACCCAUUGGAUUUGACAUUAUCUUCUCUCAUUUACUCGAGAAAGCCCAAAAGUUGGAUCUUAAUGUUUCUCUUGGAGAAAAACGCUUCGAGAAACUGAUCCAACAGCGAGAAUUGGAGCUCAAAAGUGGCUGGGGAAGCAACUCAGAAGGAUGGAAAGCAUAUGUAGCCUACAUUUCAGAAGGACUUGGGAAGUCCCAGAAUUGGGAAAUGGCUCUGAAAUUUCAGAGAAAGAAUGGAUCUUUAUUUAACUCUCCGGCCACCAGUGCAGCAGCAUAUACUCAUAUUAACAAUGCACAUUGUCUUAAUUAUCUGGCUUCAUUGUUGGAGAAAUUUGGGAAUGCUGUUCCAACAAUACAUCCCUUUGAUGCAUAUGCUCGACUCCACAUGGUUGAUAGUCUUGAAAAAUUGGGGAUUGAUCGACAUUUUAAUGAGGAAAUUGGAAAUUUAAUGGAUGAUAUAUGGAGAAUGUGGCAACGAGAAGAUGAUGAUAUAUUUUUAGAGCCCACCACAUGUGCCAUGGCAUUUCGGUCACUGCGUUUGCAUGGAUAUGAUGUUUCUUCAGACGUACUUGAAAGGUUCUCAGAAAGCAAAUUCUGCAAUACCCUUCAGGGUUAUUUGAAGGAUGUCGAGUGUGUUUUGGAGUUACAUAAGGCUUCACAAAUAGUGUCGCAUUCAAAUGAUUCAGUUUUGGAGGAACUAAACUCCUGGACAGGACACUUUCUUGAGAAAUAUUUGUCCGCUUCCUCAAAAAAUACUCAUAAACCUUGUAAUCAUGAUGACGCGGUUUCUUUUGCUUUACGUUUUCCUCAUCACGCUUAUUUGGAUUUGAUGCUACACCGAAGAUCUAUAGAGCACUACAAGGUGGAUCAAAAGAGAAUUUUGAAAUCUUCAUAUAGUUCUUUGAACCUUGCAAGUAAAGAAUGCCUGGAACUGGGAGCGGAAAACUUCAAUCACUGCCAAUUAUUAUUUUUUGAAGAAAUCGAGCUAUUUAACAGAUGGCUUAGGGAGAGUGGAAUGGAAAAGCUACAUUUUCCAAUUUCCAAAGCAAAUGUUGUCUAUUCCUUCUUGUCUGUGGCAGCAACAUUGCCCUCCCCCGAACUCCGUGAAGCACGUUUAGCAUGGGCAAAGCAUGGCCUUCUCACAGGUGUGUUUGAUGAUUUCUUCGAUGUCUGGAGUAAUGAAGAGGAACAGAUGAACCUCAUAAAGUUAAUGGACAAGUGGGACGUAGAUGUCAACAGUGAAAAUUGUUCUGAGACAGUAAAGAUAUUAUUCUUAGUACUCAAGAAAACAAUAACUGAGACGGCAACCCAAGCCUUUAAGGUUCAAGGACAUAGCGUGUUGAACCACUUGAUUCAGAUGUGGGUGGAUUUAUUGCGGUCUGAGUUAAAGGAAGCAGAAUGGCUUAGAAGCAAGUGUGUGCCAAGCAUAGAAGAAUAUGAACGAAAUGGAAUUACCUCAAUGGCCUUAGGACCAGUUAUCAUGUCAGUAGGGUACCUUCUCGGAGCCAAGCUUCCACAAGCUAUCACUGAAUGUGCCGAAUGGAAUUACCUUUUAGAGGUUGUUAGUCUAUAUGGGCGAUACCUCAACGAUGUCAACGGCUACAAGAGGGAGAAAGAACAAGGGAAACUGGUGAACUCAGUUGGCUUGAGGUUGAUUCAUGGGAGUGAGGCAAUGAGUGAAGAAGAGAUGAAGAAGAAGAUAAAGGGGAAGAGUGAAGAGAAAAGGAAAGAGUUGCAGAGAUUAGUGGUGAAGGAAGAAGGAAGUGUAAUUCCAAGAGAUGUGAGAGAGGUGUUUUGGAAAAUGUGCAGAACACUUGGGGUAAUUUAUAGAGAAGAUGAUAUCAUCCAUGAAAUUGAGGUGCCACAUGAGGUCCUCAACAUCAAAGACAUAGUACUUGGCAACCCCAUCAUUUUGGCUUGACAGUUCUGUCAAUUAAUUACUUCAAUUGGAUUCUCCCUCUUUGUUUUAUUAAAGGAGAACGGUACUUAGGUUCUAAGUGAAAUCAAUUAUUUUAAAUUAAAUGCCAACCAAUUUUA